AUGGACGAGAUAAAUGGUGCCCCGCUGGCAUCUUUGCCUGGCGACAUGUUCAAACUUCUCCUCCAACACACGGCAGCCUCAGAAGGCGCCGCGAGGCUGGGCCUAAUGUCAUUUCGCUCGACCACCACCACCCUCAAGACACCAAACUACAUUGUCCCAACUUCGCGAGGCGCAAUACCUCACCUGACGCAGGACAAUGUGCAAAAACACACAAAAAUUGCCGCCGUGUAUCACUCGCUGGAAGACUUCAUUGAGAAGUCGCCAACCGAUGCGCCAAUCUACAGCACCCCAGUCCAGACUGGGGAAUCCCGCUUAAGACGCUACACGUGUCUUCCUGACAAAUGUGUCUCCCUUUUAGGGCCUCGUCGCGUGCCGAGUAUAGAGUGUCCUGCCUCCAACACGAAUUCGGCGAUCGCCAUUUCAACGUCGGUGGGAUUUCGAUGGUUGGAAUUGGAACAGUACAACGAAGCCAUCAAAAAGCUCGGGGCAGAUGUGUCGAUGACUCUGGCCGAUGUGAUACCUACGAAGAGCCCUGGCUUCAAGCGACUUGAGAAGAGUGCCGACCGCACUCACGCCUGGCUUCGAGAUACUAUUGAGGGAAGAAGUGAAGACGAUAGCAGAAGCGAUCCCCUACCGCCCAUCUUCGCCUCUAUCCCGCCUCUGGAGCCAGAACGAUUGUCAUUUCUUCUCUCAGAUUUACACGACGACUACAGAUCGCACAUUUCCGGGUUAUGUACUUAUUCCCUCUCGACGUUUGUCUCGUUACCAGAAGACUUGCGGCAGCUACCUUCAAUCUGCCUAGACGAUCCUCCGACACCCCAAGCGGUGCUUGCAGCGGUUCAGGCGGGCGUGGAUUUGCUGACUGUGCCCUUUGUAACACGGGCAUCAGAACAGGGAAUCGCGCUGUCCUUCUCUUUCCCGGACUCCAAGGCAGCAUCCGAAACGUUGGACAAACCCCUUGGGGUCGACAUGUGGUCCACGGAACAUGCCACUGAUCUAUCGCCAUUGAGUCCCGGCUGUGAAUGCUACGCCUGCGAGCACCACCAUCGGGCAUAUGUGCACCAUCUCCUACAAGCCAGCGAGAUGUUGGCGUGGACAUUACUGCAGAUCCACAACUACAGCGUAAUCGACUCCUUUUUCACCAAUGUCCGUCACAGCAUCGAACAAGGAACAUUGGAAAAUGAUACCACCACCUUCAGCCGGGAAUAUCAGUCCGAGCUUCCGAAACAAACUGGCAAGGGACCCCGAGUCCGGGGAUACCAGAUGAAAAGCCAGGGGCGGGGCGAACCCAAAAAGAAUCCCAAAGCAUACGGUCGAUUGGAUGACCAGUUACAAAAAUUGGCCGAGGCCGAGUCGGGAGUGGCGACGCCAGAUGGAAAUGCUGAAGAUAUCGAAGAACACGGGUUAGCCCAGAAGGUGCCACAAUAG